GGCCUGGACACUGAGCACAGAGAGACAGAGGGACGCAGCAUCCAGAAAUGGCCCUUCUGAGUCGCAGGUUCCAGCCCGGGCCCACCCUGGGCUGCAGCAUUCUGCUCCUGGCUUUGGUUUUGGCUGGUUUGUCCUCAGCAAACCCGAGCCCCACACCAGCGCCAGAAGGGGGGCGCUGGAGCCUGGUGCAGACCAGGGUAAAGGAGCUGGUGGAGCCACUGGUGACCAGGACCAAGGACAGUUGGCAGUGGUUUUGGGGUCCAAGCACUCUCCGGGGCUUUGUGCAGACCUACUAUGAAGACCACCUGCAGGACGUGGGUCCCCGUGCGCGGGCCUGGCUGGCCAGCUCCAAGGACAGCCUGCUGGAUAGAACCCGCAGCCUGUGCCCCCGGCUCCUGUGUGGGGGCCCUAGCUGAAGCAUUCGCCUAGCCCUCAUGUAACAAAUAAAGCCGGUCUUUCGU